AUGUUAGUAACAGGAGUUCCAUUAGGAGGAUCAUGUACCAUGAACACCAGCUGUAUAGCAAACGUUUCAAAUUCAGAAUGUAGGAACAAAACAUGCCAGUGCGCACGGACAUAUUAUCAAGAUAAUAAAACAUGCUAUGCUAAAAAGGCGUUGGAACGUGCUUGUAAAGCAGACGUUGAGUGCAGGGAUAUUAACGCUGUAUGUCACGCAAAUUGUACCUGCAAACCUUCCCAUUACAAAGACAUCAGAGCAGUCUGUCAACUGCGAGUUCCUUUAGGAGGAUCAUGUUUAAUGAACUUAAGCUGUAAAGCAAAUGUUCCAAAUUCAGAAUGCAAGAACAAAACAUGUCAGUGCGCAGCGACAUUUUACCAGGAAAAUAAAAGAUGCCAUGCUAAAAAAGCGUUGAAACAUCCCUGUAAAGCAGAUAUUGAGUGCAGUGAUAUUAACGCUAUAUGCCGUACUAAUUGUACAUGCAAACCUUCACACUACAAGGACAACAACACAGUCUGUCGACAGCGUAUUUAUCCAAACAUGACAUGUGGUAGUAGUGAUCCUGAUGAUGCCUCUUGUGUAACUAACGCAUUUUGUAAUAAGACACACUUUUGUGUUUGUCGCAUAGGAUAUCAGGCAACCAAAACAAGCUGUAAUUCUGCUAUGACUAUAGCUAAACUAAAGAUAUUCACCAUUAUUAUGUGCUUUAUCCUGGAACAGUUUUCUCGGUUUGUUGGCAUAUGGAUGAUGUUUGUUAUUUAUAUUGCAAUGGGUGUUGAAGGUGUAGCUCACGGUGGCACUUGUGCAAAUGAUGCAGAAUGUACAGAGGCAAAUAAUGUAUGUACUUCUUCAGUAUGUGCUUGUAGUGAUGCUUCAUUCCAGGGAGAUGGUUCCACAAUAUGUACCCCAAAAAUUGCUUUAACUGGAGCAUGUACAGCUACACCGACUGGUCAGUGUGCAGACGCGAAUGCAGAAUGCCAUGCCAUGAAUUUAAUAUGCGUCUGCACAUCAAAUUAUUUCACAGACAAGAACACAGUGUGUGCAUCACAAGUGGCCUUGAAUUCAAAUUGCGACGUCGCAGAUACUGCCCCAGAUCAAUGUAGUAUAGCGAACUCGGCAUGUAGAGAUGAUGGUGACGGAACUGAUAAAUGUCUCUGUGAACCUACCUAUUAUGAAACUGGAGGCGAAUGCAUAAUCAGUAAAAUACCCUAA